AUGGACAGCGUUCAGUUGGAUCAAUCCGCUGGCAUCGUAUCAGUUGGCCCCGGAGCCAGGUGGCAGAAAGUGUACGAUGCUCUCGAUCCCUAUCAAUUGUCCUUUCAAGGUGGCAGGAAUGGAAAGGUUGGAGUGGCUGGCUUUCUACUUGGAGUCAACUUCGAAGUUGUCCUUUCCAGUGGAGUGAUCGUAAAUGCGAACUCGAAAUCCCACCCUGAUCUCUUCGCCGCGCUGAAGGGUGGGCAGAAUAACUUCGGCGUUGUAACGAAAUUACAGCUGAGAACGUUUCCGCAACCUCCUUUGUGGGGUGGCGUUGUCAUAUACUCAAACUCGACGGACGAAGAGCUACUCGAUGCAGUUGUCGACUUCAAGAACCCAGCACGUUUCGACCCGUACGCUAUGUUUACAUUCGGAUUUGUGUACGACGCCACUCUCCGAGCUUUUACGGCCAACAUCGCCAUGUACCAUGCCAGGCCUAGCAUCGUUAACGGUAGUGCACUGGAAACAUUUGCUAAGAUACAGCCUCAAAUUUUCAACUCGAUACGCAUAGAUUCUCCGGGAUCCUUCGCUGGAGAAAAGAUAUCACCGGUCGUCAAACAAUACUACUAUCUUUCCGCGAACCUCACGGUAGCGAUUUCGAUCCAGUCCGUCCCAGCGACAGCUCCAUCUUCUAACCCAAACAUCCUAGGCUUUGCAGCGGGUUCAGAAGCGGAGAAAAGACUUCUAAAUAUCGGGCUCGCAAUACAAUACGAAGAUCCUGCAGCAACUGCAGGCCUCGAUAUAGCGACGAAAAGACUUGCUGCGCAAAUCGACCAGAUCGCUAUCGAAGAGGGCGUGUAUGAUGCGCAUUUGUACAUGAAUUAUGCAGGAAGCUGGCAGAAUGUUCUGGGCGGAUACGGUCAAGAGAGCUUAGUAGUACUACGAGAGGUUUCUUCGAGCACAUCAGGCUCUAUGCUUGGAUCGGAGAUAAAUGAUCUUAUGCAAUCUACCCUGGGCUGGUCGAGCAGACCUGACGGCGAGCGAGCGUAA